AUGAGGAAUCGCCGUUUCAAUGAAACAUUCAUACGACGGGCUAUAAUCUGUUCAUUAGCGAUAUUUUUUAUAUCUGCCAUACAGAUGUAUAGUAAUGAAACGAAGAGAAUCGUAACAGAUUCAAACGAUGCAGGUCAAUUCCCACCAGAUCAAUUUACUCUCGAACAACGACGUCAUGGAGCAAUAAUCCUGCACGUCAUUGGUUUGAUUUACAUGUUCAUUGCGCUAGCCAUUGUUUGUGAUGAAUUCUUUGUGCCAUCACUAGGUGUUAUCACUGAUAAGUUGGCAAUCAGUGAUGAUGUCGCAGGUGCGACAUUUAUGGCUGCCGGAGGUUCAGCACCGGAAUUUUUUACAUCUGUAAUCGGUGUUUUCAUUGCCCAGAAUAAUGUUGGCAUUGGUACCAUUGUUGGUAGUGCCACUUUCAACAUACUCUGUGUCCUCUCUUGCUGUGCAAUAUUCUCUCAUAGUGUUUUGCAUUUAACGUGGUGGCCUUUGUUCAGAGAUGUAGCAUUUUAUGUGGUUGCAUUAUUCAUGUUGGUUAUUUUCUUCCUAGAUGAACAGAUUUUUUGGUUCGAAGCAUUUGGUUUAUUUUUCAUUUAUUUAUUGUAUUGUACAUUUAUGAAAUAUAAUGAAACUGUCGAAAAUUUCGUUAAAUAUUGCUGUUCGGGUAAAAAAUCAGGAAAAGAGGAAGAAGAAGAUAACAAAGUGCGAGGAACAGAAGAGAAAGAGAAUACAGUAAGAUACAUCGAUGGUAAUACGAUCGUAUCGCGAACACAGUCAGUGCAACACGGUCGAGCAGCACCGGACGAUCAGCAACAACGCAGUUCGGUUUAUGGGAGAUCUAACAGAUCAAACUCAUGCAUUCGAGCAUACGACAAUACUUCACGACGUCAGUCUUUCCCAAUUUUGCAUAGUGGCGCAAUUUUCCGGAACGGUAUUAUCCAGCUUUUAUCCCAAGGACUUGAUCCAUUACAAGAAGGCAUUAAUGAAGGUCCCAAUGUACAGAAUGAAAAUAAUGGUACAAUGCCGGCGCAAAUUACGCUUGAUGAAAUUGUUCGUGGCUGGAAAUACCAUCCAAAUAAUCAAAAGGCUAACGCAGUAUGUGAAAUGGAACGUAGAGAUUCAGAAAUGGGUCCACGAAGUACUUUGACAAGUAAACGUACCUCAAUAUGUCCCAAUACAGCUUGCGUUUCAGAAAUAAAAGAAAUGCUUGAAGAAGAUGAAGAGAAGCCAUUGGACAUGUCAUGGCCUGAAAAAUUACAUCGCCAGCUUCUUUAUCUGUUCUUGUCACCAAUUUUAUUCCCAUUAUGGGUGACACUUCCUGAUGUCAGGAAGCAGGAUGCUCGCAAAUGGUUCCCAUUUACAUUUAUUGGUUCCAUUUUUUGGAUUGCAUUUUAUUCAUACAUAAUGGUUUGGAUGGCUAAUACUAUUGGCGAAACGAUUGCUAUGCCUACAGAAGUAAUCGGAUUAACAAUAUUGGCUGCAGGAACAAGCAUACCUGAUUUAAUCACCAGUGUUAUUGUGGCAAGGAAAGGACUUGGUGAUAUGGCUGUGUCCAGUUCCGUCGGUAGCAAUAUUUUUGACGUAUGCGUUGGGCUACCAAUUCCUUGGUUAUUAUUUUUCGUCGUUGAACCUCUUCGUAAUCCUGGUAGCGCUCAGAAUUAUAUUUCAGUUUCCAGCAACGGUUUGAUAUGUAGCGUCGGUAUGCUAUUCAUUAUGCUUGUCGUACUUGUCGCAUCUAUCGCAUUGUCACAUUGGAAAAUGAAUAAAUUAUUCGGUUUUAUUAUGAUUAUAUCAUAUAUUGCAUUUUGUAUUUUUGCAGUUGCUCUUGAGAUGGGUCAUUUUGCAUGUCCACUCAAAAUAUGCUAA